CUCCAUGCGCACGUGCUAAAUGGAUGGCCCGCUACAGCGUGGGGCCAUGCAGGGCUGCUCUGCCAUUCUUCACUGAUGGGGAUUCUCUCUCUCUCCGUGUCAUAUGUCCUCAGCCUAGCUCAUUGCUUCAGCUCACUGGGGGGACGACACUCGGCCGAGUCCUUCGAUACGUUCCCCGUCCCUUUUGCUGUGACGUCGUUCUACACCGGUUGAAUGACAAGGAGCAGUGACUGAAGACAGGCAGGUGCUAGAAGACACGAAUGCGAGCAGUGUCCAUACGACAUGAGCCACACUGGACACAUGAAUCUGCACCAGAAGUCACAAAUGGCGAAGGAGCACUUCAAGUGCACUGUAUGUGAGAAGGCAUUCAGACGGUCAUCUCACCUUAAUAUUCAUCAGAGAAUACACACAGACGAGAAGCCCUUCAAGUGCACUACUUGUGAGAAGGCAUUCAGACGGUCAUCUCACCUUAAUAUUCAUCAGAGAACACACACAGAUGAGAAGCCAUUCCAGUGCACUAUGUGUGAGAAGGCAUUUAGACAGUCAGCAGAACUUCAAAGUCACCAGAGAAUACACACAGACGAGAAGCACUUCAAGUGCACUGUAUGUGAGAAGGCAUUCAGACGGUCAUCUCACCUUAAUAUUCAUCAGAGAACACACACAGAUGAGAAGCCAUUCCAGUGCACUAUGUGUGAGAAGGCAUUUAGACAGUCAUCAGAACUUCAAAGUCACCAGAGAAUACACACAGACGAGAAGCCCUUCAAGUGCACUACUUGUGAGAAGGGAUUUAGACGGUCAUCUCACCUUAAUAUUCAUCAGAGAACACACACAGAUGAGAAGCCAUUCCAGUGCACUAUGUGUGAGAAGGCAUUUAGACAGUCAGCAGAACUUCAAAGUCACCAGAGAAUACACACAGACGAGAAGCCCUUCAAGUGCACUACUUGUGAGAAGGGAUUUAGACGGUCAUCUCACCUUAAUAUUCAUCAGAGAACACACACAGAUGAGAAGCCAUUCCUGUGCACUAUGUGUGAGAAGGCAUUUAGACAGUCAUCAGAACUUCAAAGUCACCAGAGAAUACACACAGACGAGAAGCCCUUCAAGUGCACUACUUGUGAGAAGGGAUUUAGACGGUCAUCUCACCUUAAUAUUCAUCAGAGAACACACACAGGCGAGAAGCCGUUCAAGUGCACUGUGUGUGGAAAGGGAUUUGCAGAUUCAAGAAAUGUUUUGCAACAUCAGAGAACACACUCGUGCGAUAAACCUUUCAAGUGCACUUUGUGUGAGAAGGCAUUUAAACGCUCAUCACAACUUCAAAUUCACCAGAAAACACACACUGGCGAGAAGCCCUUCAAGUGCACUGUUUGUGGUAAAGCGUUUACACGGUCAGGAUCUCUUAAACAUCACCAGAGAACGCACACAGGCGAGAAGCCCUUCAAGUGCACUGUGUGUGGUAAAGCGUUUAUACAGUCAGGAUGUCUUGCCAUUCACCAGAGACAACACACAGGCGAGAAGCCCUUCAGUUGCACUGUGUGUGGUAAAGCGUUUACACGGUCAGUAUUUCUUAAUGUUCAUCAGAUACAACACACGGGCGAGAAGCCCUUCAAGUGCACUAUGUGUGGUAAAGCAUUUACACACUCAAGAUCUCUUAACGUUCACCAGAGAAAACACACAGGCAAGAAGCCCUUCAAGUGGACUGUGUGUGGGAAGGCACAUGCAAGGUCAGACGACCAAAAUAGACAUGAGAAGAUCUAUGUGGAGACGGAGGUAGAAUCGAGAAGUGAAAGUGCUGCAUUGGGUCCAUCUUGCAUGCAACAAGAAGCAGAAGACGACCCCAGUUUAGCAACGUGGCCAGCAGUGAAGGUGGAACGUAAAGAAGUGAAGAUGGAAUGUGAAGAGGUGAAGGUGGACUGUGCAGAGGCGAUGGUGGACUAUAAAGAAGUGAAGGUGGAAUGUGAAGAAGUGAAGGUGAAAAAUCAAGUUGACUCAUCUCAAGGCCCCGACCUCCAGGUGGAUGGAGCAAGCGUGAAGCAUGAGGCAAAUUCAGACUCUGAGGGAGGGCCAGGCGACCCCCAGGAGUUUGUGGAUGUGGAGGUGUGGGUGGAGUUUUUGGGGGUGUGAUCGUUUAGUGGUCAGCACGCAGCUCUACGAGCCUGGCAACCCGAGUUUGAUUCCCGUUCACGGUUUACAUCGGUGACAAUGAUCUGAAUCGGUCCUGGGCCUCCCCAAGGUCAACUCGGCCUCAAAUGAGUACCUGGGGUGGUGCCUAAACAACACUGGGUAGAUCAAGGCAAGUCGAGCGUAGCGCUAGCCACCCACUCCCUCGCAUGCCAUCGUCAUGAUCAUGCAGUGCUUCCCCAAGGACGAUGACCUCUUACAUCGGGAGUCGGUAAUCUUUCGUCAUUUCACGUGGUUCUUCUGUUUGAUUCCUGUGAGUUUGCUUUUGACUAGCAAGACCUGUGAUUGAACGACACACCUUUCCACAUAGGUCACAUGCACAGUGGGCUGAGGGUAACUCCUGAGAUUCAGAUGCACUGGUCGAUACUGUAACCACUUCUAACCCGCAUCUCCUGGCUUAGCGUUUCUCCGUGUCAUUAACAUGUCUCUCAAGCAAUUGAGUAGCUUCAGCCAAGGCUGUGCGCCAUUGCUCUCUGUUUUUGGCGAGAUUUUCCCUUGAAUCUACCGAAAUUCCCCAUCUCAAAUUUGAGUGAAAUACAUCCUUGAAGUGGCAGGUACUGACCUCCUCUACUUCGGGAAUCCUUUUGCAAUUUAGUGUAGAGCUAUUGUUUCGGGAGGCUUUUUUCCUCCCAUUCUGAGAGUGUCCAGCCCAGCGAAGUUGGGAAACGGUGACCAUAGUUGACACAGCAGCCAUUCCAGUUCUAGCAAGGUCUGCCGGAUGUUGUAAAUGGCGAUGGUAAGGAGUCCAAUUUUCAGAACUAUGAAGGAGAGCUACUCCUUUAAACACUGCACUUUGUGCACAUGGUGAUGCCUGGCUUGUUCCAUAGAUGCUCUCUAAGGCGACCGAAAGCAGACGAGGCUCAGCUUAUUCCAAUUUUAAUCUCUUGGUCCAGAUUACCAUCGCUUGUCACUGUACUUCCCAGAUAUGUGAACUUGGUGAUUGAGUUAAGUUGGUGUUGGACAAUGUGGAGCCUUGCUCCAGCUUCACUGAUCCCAGAAGCCGGUUGAUGCAUUUCCUCAGUUUUAUUGAGGACCACAGUGAGACCAAAUUAUCUGGCUGAAUUGGAAAUGUAGCUGUCUGGCCCACUUCAGUGUUUUCAACCAAGGCACAGUCAUCUGCAUACUAAAGUUCACGUACUAUGAUCUCCAUGAUGUGAAAUUGUCAUGCGUAACCAUGGCACGUUAUGAAGCCCAGAAACUGUGCGGGACUGGAUAGCCACUACUACUUUCAGAUCCUUCAUAGCCUCAUCAAGCAUAGUGGCAAAGAACAGGCUGAAAGCGUUGGAGCUAGAAUACAGCCUUGCUUCACUCCAUUUGAAAUAAAUGCAUCUGAUAUGUCUGAGGGAGUGCUAACCCUUCCAGCAUACCAUCAUGGGACUAUCUUGAUUAUUCCAAGGAUUCUGGGUGGACACCCAAACUUUAGUCGUAGUUUUCAUAGUCCCUUUCUCCCUACGGUGGCAAAGUCCAGAUCAACCAAGGCCACGUGCAGUGGCUACUGAUGUUCAAUGCACUUCUCUUGUAGUUGUCCGAGUGUAAAAAUCAUGUUGGUUGUGUCUCGACCUUCCCUAAAACCACCUUUGCUUUAUGGGAUAAUUUUGUUCGUGAUGGCUUCAUUGAUUCUGUUAAGAAUGAGCUUGGCUAAACAUUUACGUGGGUUGAAAGAAGAGAAAUGUCCAUGUAAUUGUUACAGUUGGCCCUAUUUCCCUUUUUAAAGAUGGUACUAAAACUGCAUCCUUCAGGUCCUGUCAUAGGACUCCACAUUUCCAGAACUCUCUGAAUAAGUGCCAUAAUUCUUCAACGAGAAUAUCUCCAGCAGCUUGUAAGUAUGUCUGCAGGAAUCCCGUCCGCUCCUGGGGCUUUACCAGAUUUGAGUUGUCGGAUUGCUAGUUUAACCUCAUCAAGUGUGGGGUCACUGUCAAGUUCUUGCAGAAUCGAAGGUGGGGUUACUUUAUCUCGUGCUUGCUCUGUGGUUGUACCAGACUGGUUCAAUAAACCUUGCAAGUGUUCUCUCCAUUUCAUAAACAGGUCCCUGCAGGGUGGGCUGGUAGGAACAUUGGAAUUUUUCAAGUCUCUGCGCUGUCUAUUGCUGAUUUUACACCCCAACAGCACGAGAUUUCACUUCGUUAAAGUAUUGAAAGGGGACGGACGGACGGACACAUUAAUCUAUUGCAGGCUGGUACACUCAGUUUACAACUUCGUCCCUACCAGUAUAAGUUCCCCAAUCUCAGUGAUCAGGCAUUGGGCCAUGUUUUAUUUCAAGUGGGGUUUCUGUACAAGUAACUGCGCCAUAGACUUUCUUGAAUUGCACAAUAAAACUGUUUAUACUGCUA